AAUCAAGAAUCAUCAAUCAAUAAUCUCCCUCUUCCUACGAAAAAAGAGAGUUUUUUUAUUUUAAGAAAAUAAUGGCUGGUACAAAAACCAAUGAUUUUCAAGAUAUGUUACCAAUGAUGGCAAAUAAGCUAGGUGGGGAUGGUUUAAUAAGAGAGUUAUGUAAUGGGUUUCAGCUAUUAAUGGAUAGAGAAAAAGGGGUUAUUACUUUUGAGAGUUUGAAGAAAAACUCAGCAAUUCUUGGGCUACAAAAUUUAAGAGAUGAUGAGCUGCUGAGUAUGUUAAGAGAAGGUGAUUUGAACGGGGAUGGUGUUCUUGAUCAGAUGGAAUUUUGUGUGCUUAUGUUCAGAUUGAGUCCUGAAUUAAUGGAAGAAUCUGAAGAUUUGCUUGAAUUAGCUUUGCAACAGGAAUUCAAGACUAAUCCAACAAGGUGAUUUGAUAUCUGAUGUUCCAUUUGAGACUCGAAAGGGACAUCAUUUGAAGCUUCAUUUGUGUAACUUACUUUUUCUUUCUUUGAUUCUUAUAUGUCUUGUUUAUGCUGAAUUUUGGAAAGGAAAAUGUUAUUGAAAAGCUGGAAACAAGAAUUGGGUUUCUGAUUUCUGACCCGAAUAUACAAAUUCUUUGUAAUUUCAUUUGGAAUUUUCUGCUUCAGGUUUCAA